CAGAGGUAGUAGUAAUAGAGGAGAAAAUGUGUUUAUUACCAGAGAUAUGAUCAGAUGCUCCAGAAUCUAGAAUCCAUGGGCCAAGAGAAGGAGACUGAGUAAAGUAGACAGAGACAUUAUUGGUCUAGGAAACAGAACCUGAUGUGACUGUCUGAUAUCGGAGAUAGGCAUCAUAAUCACUACUACUAAGGGUGAUACUCUGAGAUGUGGAGCUCGUAGCGGAGUUAGGUCGAGAUAGCAAAGGAUCGGAUGACUGAGCAAUGUGGGCAGUGCGAGGAGGCCGUCUAUGUAAUUGAUAGCAACGAUCUCGAGUGUGACAAAGCUUAUUACAAUAGGUGCACUGAGGACGUUGUCCUCAACCCUGAUUGCCACUACGUCCUCCUCGAGAGUUAGUCUGAGAGGCUAACACAGAUGAAUCUGAAGGACCAUCAGUUGACAAGGUCUGAGUAGAGGAGAGGCGUAAGAGACGAGCGAACACAUCAUCCAAUGAUGGUACUGAUGGACUAGCAAGAAUCUGAUCUCGGACAGAGUCAAGAUCUGGACGGAGGCCAAUGAGGGUUAACACCAUAAAGAACUUGUCAGUCUGUAUUUGUUGAGCUUCAGCACCAUUAGUGAAGGGCAUCAAAGUUAAGAACUCCUCUUUAAGAGACGCAAUCCGGCCAAUAUAAGUAGACAGAUCUAUGUCCUGCCGUCUCACAUGAACAAUAUCAGAAACCACCUUAUAAAAUCGUUGAAUAUCAUUCGUGUAUAAUCCUUUAGUUUGAGUCUAAAAUUUAAAGUAGGUUUUGUAGGCACGAAGAUGAUGUAAACUUUUGGGAUCAACAGAUUGUAAUAAUACGCUGCAUAAUUGUGCAUCGAUUUUCUUCCAUUGCACUUUGUUAACAUCAGGUAUAACAUCCUCAGGUGUAACAAGAUGAUCCUCAUAACCUUGUCCCAUAAACCAGAGUUACACGGACACUGACCAGGAGAGAUAAUUCUCACUACCAAUCAAUUUUUCUGAUGUGAUAGUAGGAGAUCCAGAGAUGACGAAUGUAAAAAUAGGAUUUUUAGUUGCCAUAUCCAUUUCACCUGAGAUUGAAUCACGUUUGGAUCGAAGAGAGCCCUAAAGGGAGGUCGGAUCACAACUGUGGAAGAAGAAGCUGGUAUGUCGGGACCCAAACGAAGGAGAAAAGUGACUGGAGAUGAAGAAGAGGCCUUCCCAAGGCACGCACAGGUCUCAGCCAAGGAAGGAAGCUGCCGUCGGAGGCUGAAAGAAGACCCGCGGAGGCUGAAAUGCCAAAAAAAUGGAGAAGCAGGGUUUGGAGAGGACUGACAGAGGCUUAGAAGUGCAAGACAGCGCCGGACGAGCCUAUUGGUAGAAGCUCGGCACCAGAAAGUGGCCACGCGUAGGCGCGUGGGAUUCAGGCUGCCGGAGAAAAAUGGCGUGUGGAUCGGUUUUUGGCUCCAGUGCUCUGAGAAAAGUUGCAGAUCUCCUCUUUGCGCUCUUGAUGAUGUGGUCGGUGUCGGAAAAUAUUGCCAGAAAAAUGUUGACGGUGAUGAGGGUUUUCUGACCACGAUAUGGCUGACCGGAAAGCUUUGGGAGAUGGAAAAGGUGAUCGGAAUGAAACACUGUCACUGGACGGAUUCCCAGAAUUAAUUACACGGGACUCUAUGGGGACAAAUGAGGUUGCAAUUAUUGAAGAUCAUGGAACAAUUAAUACUAAUACAAACAGUAUUAGGAGGAAGACUCCCCUCCAGCUUAAAACUCUCGAGAGCUUGUAUUCGGAGGAUAACUAUCCCACACAAAGGGUUAUGAAAGAUUAUGCUGCGGCUUUAGGAUUGACAUACAAGCAGGUCAGGGGAUGGUUUUUUGAGAGGAGAAGAAAAGAGAAAAAUGAAAAUGGUAUGGGAGUAUCAUCAAGUAAGAAACUUGUUAGGGCAAAAAAUGGGAUUGGAGUUGUAGCUGCAAAAAAGAUAAUUAGGCGAGUUGGCUUGGCAGCUCAUUGUAGAGGAAACAUGUCUUCAUCUUCAACAUACAACAGGGCAUGCCUUGGGGCUCACCAUUGGCAUUGUUUUCGCAAUCCUGACUCUAGGGCUGUUGAGAGAGGGAAAAUUUUGAAUGAAGACUUAUCAACUACAGAUUACAUACUGAAGAAGGUGUUCCGAAAGGAUGGUCCCCCCCUUGGUGUGGAGUUUGAUUCUCUACCUUCUAGUUCAUUUUGCCAUUGUACAGAUUCCAGAAACUCCCAUCGUACUUGCCAAGAGAACCAAACAUCUUCCAAAAGGAGAAAGGUGGUGGUAGUGUCCAAGCCUGCUGUUUUACACCAGCAGUUUUGCAAUAAUAAGAGUGCUCCAGCAAAAAUACACGGUAUUGGAAAAGGUUUGAUGACAGUCUGGAGGGCAACAAAUCCCGGUGCUGGAGAUUUUCCUACUGGCAUUGAUUUUGCUGAUGGACAAGUUGCUGCUGUAUCUCCAACUUCAACUUCUAUACUAAGAAAGUCACUAAUAAAAAAGAAAAAGCCACGAAAACAGUCAUCCGUUACUAAAUGGAAAAGUGUAGGUGGUAAAUUGAAUGAUAAAAAGAAGCCUUCAAGAAAAAGGGGAAAGGUGGAAUGUAAUAAAGAUGUGAAUCAGAAGAAGCCAAAUAAAGAGAAAUGUGAACUUGCUCUAGAAGAAGGGAAAUCUCAAGAACGCCUUGAUCAGUUUGCAAUGCUGAUGGAUGAUGAGGAGCUGGAGCUUCAAGAAUCUCAGGCAGGACCAAAUCCUGUGACAUGCUCUGCUCAUUUUGCUACCAAUGGACUACAUGGCUGUUCACUUUGCAAAGAUUUGCUGGCCAAAUUUCCUCCCAAUGCUGUUAAGAUGAAGCAACCGUUCUGUAUGCAACCUUGGGAUUCUUCUCCAGAGCUUGUCAAGAAAAUGUUCAAGGUCCUUCAUUUUCUAUAUACUUACUCUGUUGUAGUUGAUGUAUGCCCCUUUACCCUUGAUGAAUUUGCUCAAGCAUUUCAUGAUGAGGAUUCUUUGUUGCUUGGAAAAGUUCAUCUGGCCCUUCUCAACCUUCUUUUGUCUGAUGUGGAAACAGAGCUGAGCAGUGGAUUUCUCCCUCAUGUGAUUAAAAACUGCAAGUUUCUUGGGUUACUUCAAUCGGUUGGACAAAAUGAGUUUGUGCUGAAGUUUUGGAAGAGAUCUCUGAAUCCUUUAACAUGGACAGAAAUACUGCGUCAAGUUUUGGUUGCAGCUGGUUUUGGUUCAAGAAAAGGUACAUUGCGGAGGGAAGCCCUUGAUAAGGAACUGAAUCCUAUGGUAAAGUAUGGCUUACGUCCUGGUACUUUGAAGGGUGAACUGUUUAGUAUUUUAUCGAAUCAAGGAAAUAAUGGUAUGAAAGUUCCAGACUUGGCAAGGUGUGUGCAGAUUUCUGAAUUGAAUCUUGCUGGCACGACUGAUGAGCUGGAACUUCUAAUAUAUGCUACCCUUUCAAGUGACAUUACUUUAUAUGAAAAGAUUUCUAGCUCUUCAUAUCGUCUACGCAUUACUUCUCACACAAAUGAAGCUGAAAAUUUUCAAUCAGAUACUGAUGACUCUGGAAGCAUUGACGAUGACUCUAAGGACAGCAGAAAAUAUAGCAGUAACGAUGAUUCUGACUCUGAUUCAGGAACUUCCAAUUUAGGGAAACUGAAUUAUAUGAACCAUCAUAAACAGAGAAAUGGCAUGUUGACUAUAUAUACUGAAAUUGAUGAGAGCAAUCCAGGAGAAGUAUGGUUAUUAGGAUUGAUGGAGGGUGAAUAUUCAGAUUUAAGCAUUGAAGAGAAGCUCAAUGCCUUAAUGGCUUUGGUUGAUCUUGUUAGUGGUGGAAGCAGUAUCAGAAUGGAGGAUCUUACAAAAGCGGUAGUAGAAUAUGUUCCUAACAUCCAUCAUUAUGGUUCUGGAGCAAAAAUAAAGAGAUCAUAUACAAAGCAACACAACUUGCCCACACCAGCAUGGGGCCACUUUGGACAAAUGCUUGGCGGAAAGGAAAUAGAUACAUCAUCUGAGUUAUGCCCAGUUGAUUCUUCCACAUCAAUCUCAAAAUUCCAUGGGAAAGAAAAGUUCUCUAGCAAAAGAAAGGAGACAAGAGAAGCAGAAGUUGGGUUGGAUUUACAUCCAAUGCAAUCUGUCUUUUUGGGGCCUGAUCGAAGGUAUAAUAGAUACUGGCUUUUCUUAGGCCCUUGUAAUGCAAAUGAUCCUGGUCACAAGAGGGUGUACUUUGAAUCUUCUGAAGAUGGUCACUGGGAGGUGAUUGAUACUGAAGAGGCUUUUUGUGCCUUGCUGUCGGUGUUGGAUGGCAGGGGUAAGCGGGAGGCUUUUCUUCUUGCAUCUUUAGAGAAACGGAAAGCUUCUCUCUGCCAAGAAAUGUCAAGCAGAAUAGCAAUCCAUUCUGGAAGCACGUCGUUGACACAAUAUGAUAGAUCUGACCUGUAUAUGAUUAGAGAAGAUAGUUCUUCUCCAGUAUCUGAUAUAGUAGACAACCCAUGCGCAACUGAUAUUACCAAUGAUUUUUUGGCUUCAUCUGGUGCCAUAGUUCUUGGAGUUGGAAAGAAGGGAGAAGAGCAAAAACAAAGAUGGUGCCGUCUCCAGGAAUUUGAUGCAUGGAUAUGGAGGUCUUUUUACUCUGAUCUUAAUGCUGUAAAACAUGGCAAGAGGACUUAUCUUGAUUCACUCGCUAGAUGUGAAAGUUGUCAUGAUCUGUAUUGGCGGGAUGAAAAGCACUGUAAAACUUGUCAUACCACUUUUGAGCUUGAUUUUGAUCUCGAAGAAAAAUAUGCGAUUCAUAUAGCCACAUGCAGGGAGAAAGAAGACAAUGACAUGUUUCCAAAGCAUAAGGUGCUAUCAUCACAGUUGCAGUCAUUGAAAGCUGCAAUUCACGCAAUUGAGUCAGUCAUGCCUGAAGAUGCCUUAGUGGAGGCUUGGUCAAAAUCUGCUCAUAAGCUUUGGGUCAGACGCCUCAGACGCACUUCAUAUUUGACAGAGCUUUUGCAGGUUCUUGCUGAUUUUGUUGGUGCCAUCAAAGAGGACUGGUUGUGUCAGUCCAAUGUUGUGCUAGGUUCUAAUAAUCUUUUGGAAGAAAUUGUUGUAUCAUUUUCAACUAUGCCCCAAACAUCAUCUGCAGUUGCACUCUGGUUGGUGAAGUUGGAUGCCUUGAUUGCACCCCAUCUGGAGAGGGUUCAACUUCAUUCUAAAAAGAGAACAAGAAAUUAGUACCCGAUUUAAAGGUAAGCGCGCUCUUGAGCAAUAGAUAAACCAUUUUUGGGUUUGGUAGAUCAGAGGCUCAAAGAAUAAUUCCUUGUCGCCUCUCAUUGAGGACUCCGAAGCAUUACUAAUAGGUGAAACAGUUCCAACCUUCAGCGACAUUGAACCAAAAGACAAGAAUCAUCACCUAGAUGCUUCCCAACCCGAACAAAGUGAUAGGUCUAAGUUUGUACAAAGGGAGACUGCAUUUACUUCCGCAUUUUUGGCCGAUAAGUUGUUGUACAGCAUUAUUAGAUGUAUUUGGAAAAAAAAAUUGAGUUCCUGGUGCAUUAUCCUUGGCCAGUGAGCCCUUUGAUUCUGUAGACCAAAUUUUGAUCCCUGAUAUGAUGAAAUCUCAUAAAUUUCAUUCGCCUUUUGUGGAGACGAAUGUUACUGUUGCAACCUUCUAUAUAUUUUUUCAUUAAUGUAUAUCACCUUGGCUGCCAACUUUUGUGAA